GGGAGAGGCACGCUGAGGGGCACGCGGGGCGCUGAAGGGGAAGCGGUCCUGGGCCAUGGCCGGCGCUCGGGCCGCCGCCGCCGCCUCAGCAGCGUCCUCUGCCUCUUCUGGCAACCCGCCGCCGCAGGAGCCGGGACUCGGGGAGCUGCUGGAGGAGUUCUCCCGAACUCAGUACCGGGCCAAGGAUGGGAGCGGAAUGGGCGGCACUAAGGUUGAGCGCAUUGAGAAGAGAUGUCUGGAGCUGUUUGGUCGAGAUUACUGUUACAGCGUGAUCCAAAAUGUGAAUGGGGAGAUCUGUGGCCACUACCCCCGGCACAUCGUGUUCCUGGAGUAUGAGAGUUCUGAGAAGGAGAAAGACACGUUUGAGAGCACUGUACAAGUGAGCAAACUGCAAGACCUCAUCAACCGCAGCAAAAUGGCCAGAUGCAGAGGACGGUUUGUGUGUCCAGUAAUCCUGUUCAAGGGCAAGCACAUCUGCAGGUCGGCCACGCUGGCUGGAUGGGGGGAGCUGUAUGGACGCACUGGCUACAACUAUAUUUUCUCAGGGGGUACAGAUGAUGCCUGGGCAGAUGCAGAGGACAUCACGGAGGAGGACUGCACUCUCCGAAGUGCCGACACGCAUCUUUUUGAUAAGGUCAGAGGCCAUGACAUCAAGCUGCUUCGGUACCUGUCAGUCAAAUACAUCUGUGACCUGAUGGUAGAGAACAAGAAGGUGAAGUUUGGCAUGAAUGUAACCUCCUCUGAGAAGGUGGACAAAGCCCAGCGCUAUGCCGACUUCACUCUCCUCUCCAUCCCGUAUCCAGGCUGUGAAUUUUUCAAGGAAUAUAAAGAUCGGGAUUAUGUGGCUGAAGGGCUCAUUUUUAACUGGAAGCAGGACUAUGUUGAUGCCCCACUGAGCAUCCCCGACGCCCUGACACGCUCUCUGAACAUUGACUGGAGCCAGUAUCAGAGUUGGGACCUCGUGCAACAAACACAAAACUACCUGAAACUGCUGCUUUCCAUAAUCAACAGUGACGAUGACAGCGGGCUGCUAGUGCACUGUAUCUCGGGCUGGGAUCGGACCCCCCUCUUCAUCUCUCUCCUGCGCCUUUCCUUGUGGGCCGAUGGGCUGAUCCACACGUCCCUGAAGCCUGCUGAGAUCCUCUACCUGACUGUGGCCUACGAUUGGUUCCUCUUUGGACACAUGUUGGUAGAUCGGCUCAGCAAAGGAGAGGAGAUUUUCUUCUUCUGCUUCAAUUUUUUGAAGCAUAUUACCUCCGAGGAGUUCUGUGCUCUGAAGACAUACAGGAGGAAGAGUCUGCCAGCCCGGGAUGCAGGUUUCACCCUGGAAGAUAUCUACAUGUUGAGACGGAGGGACCGUGGCAGCACCACCAGCCUUGGCAGCGACUUCUCCCUGGUCACGGAGAGCUCCCCAGGAGCAGCUGGGAGUUUCACCUAUGAGGCCGUGGAGCUGGUCCAAGCAGGAGCACAGACUCAGGCAGCUUGGAGGAAGAGUUACUCCUCCUCUCCACAGAGUGUGCUCUGGAGCCGGCCACAGCCCUCGGAGGACCGCCUGCCUUCCCACCAGGGGCUGGUGGAGGCCAAGUCCUCCAGCUCCUCAUCCUCAAACCAUUCUGACAAUUUUUUCAGGAUGGGUAGCAGUCCCCUGGAGGUCCCCAAACCCAGAUCAGUGGACCAUUCCCUGCCCGGAUCCUCUCUCUCCACAGACUUUGGCAGCUGGCAGAUGGUAACGGGCUGUGGCAGUAUUCAGGAACGGGCUGUCCUGCACACAGACUCCUCUCUCCCUUUCAGCUUCCCGGAUGAGCUCCCUAACAGUUGUCUGCUGGCAACCCUGAGCGAUCGGGAGACUCGGCUGCAGGAGGUGCGCUCAGCCUUCUUGGCCACGUACAGCAGCACAGUGGGGCUUCGAGCUGCUGCCCCCAGUCCCUCUGGUGCAAUUGGGGGUCUGCUGGAGCAGUUCGCCCGUGGUGUCGGACUCCGGGGUACCAGCAGCGGCACCUUGUGAACCAGCCGCCCUAUGACAGUUUGCUGCUCCCCUCCCAGCUGAGCCCUGAGUGGAAUCAAAGCCAUGUCCAGGCAAGGGAGACUGCAAAGGGGGAAGAUCUCCUCACUCCCUUCUGCCAUCAUCUACAUGGCAGCCCAAAGCCAGAGCAGAGCCAAGGACAGGGUUCUGAACCCCCAGCCUCCUGACUGGUGACCACCACCCCCUCUUGUCACUGCCUCCCACCUACCCCAGCCUUUGCUGGGACUCCCCCCAUAAAUCUCAGAACUGUAUGGGGUUUCCCUGGGGCCUUGUGGAGGCCAUGACUUCACAGAAGACAUCCCCCCCACAACCGGACCUCAUUCUUGUUUCCUGGGAAGGAGGGGUCACCUGCACUGAGAAUGAGGCAGUUUGACACAGAUCACAAAAUAAAGUUAAUCUUUUUGAACA